CAUUUUUGUCUGUCAAUUUUAUGCAGGUUGAGCAUUUAAUGUGAGGAAAGUAGUUUGUUACCUGGUCAAGAUGGCCAGUGGUGAUGAGCAAGAGGAUUUUGAAGGCAAGGCAGCAACUAAUGAAGUAGAGGAUGCCAUCAAACUUCCCCAUCACAUGUCACUAUUGAAAUAUGUUUCUGCAAGGGCCACAGAGAUAUGUGCUUUGACUCAGCUCAUUGAUCGUCCAGAGAAGACAGUAGGGGCUCUUCAGCAGCUCCCUCAACACUUGAGACGACGAGCAGCCAGCCACAAUCCCAAAAGACUCCCUGCCAGAAUCAGACAGUUGGCUGGAACCCAGACCCCCAAGGAGCCAAAGCGACCCUCACGUAAAUACCGGAGGAGACCAAAGAUCCUAAAGUCUGAGUACUAUCGCCGCCAGAAGAGAGGACCAAAGUGGCUAGAGACACAUGUUUGGCAUGCCAAGAGAUUUCAUAUGAAGGAAAAGUGGGGUUGGAAGAUCCCCUUAUCCCCUACGGACAAGGGAACUCGAUUUGCCUACAGAGCCACCACCAACAGUUGCAUUAUUUUUGAUUUGUCCUAUUGGAGGUGUCUUGAACUUCGUGGUUUGGAAGCAAACAUCCUGAGAGCUUUGCAACCAAUGAAUCCUCCAGAAUGUGGACCCAGCUUUGGAGGCAUUGCACAGCUGAGACUGCAACGUGAAGGAUGUGUUGUCCUCUACCAACCUAACACAUAUCCCUUAGGAGCAAUUGGACCUGUUUCCUUUCUCUGGUUGCCCUCUGAAGAAGAGACAGAAAGACGGCUCUGGCUCUGGUCCCAUCCUUCCUAUGCUGCUCAAGUCCAAGAUGUUCUUAUCAAGCACCUGAAUCUCCAAGCAGAAAUUGACUCUGAGAGAUACUGUAAUCAGUCACUUACAGUACAAGUGAUGGAUGGUGCUUUCAAUAAAUUCCGUCUGCUUGGGCCAGCUGCCACUGCUGUCCUCCAUGCUGCUCUGAGACCAAGUGAAGUGGAUUGUCUUGAUAAUGAAGUUGAUGCAUUUUGGUGGAAGGAGUAUUUUCAGACAGAGAAGUGCCAGACCACCCACCAAAAGCAAAAGAAGCUGUGGGAGGCUAUGAGAAACAUGUCCCCUGGAGAAGUCAUGCCUUCACUGCUGAUAUCCCUCACAGUGCGAGAUCCCAGGUGCUUCAUCCCACCAAGAAAGACCCUCUCAGUGCCAGAUUUCCAUGAUCUCAGUUUUCAGUUGAAUGAGGAGGCUGAGUUCCCUAUAUUGGAUUCUCCACUUUUCAAUGUGAAGUGGAGGAAGGCUGUGAGUGAAUCUAAAGUGGCUGAUAACAUCCUAAAUGAGAGGAAGAGAGCUACUGGGAUUCCAGGUGAAACCCUGCCUCUUUUACCUGAAGAAGCUCGCAUUCCAGUCCUCCUCCUGCAUCAGCCAGGACUGUCUCAGAAGCAAGGAAGACUAGGAUAUGGAAGUGGAUGGGAUUUGAUGGUUCCCAGUGGAUGGGGCAUGGCUUUCUGGAUCUCCCUUAUCUACAAUGGUGCCCGUGUUGGUGGUUUGGAAGAAUUGAGGAAGAUCAGCUUUGAGUCUUCUAGAUUGGUUCCCCCAUUUGAUUUCCCAGACUCAUCUGCUGGACAAGCUGAAGCUUGUGCUGAUGCUCAGGAGCUUCAAGAUAGAUAUUUCAGGAGGCCAGAUCAGAAAAGGGAGAAUUUCUUCUGUCUGGGCAUCCCAAAUCCUUUCUCGUUUCCCUUCCUGGAGUUACUUCAUUACUGGACUGACUCCAGUAAACCUGCUUCAAAUUUCUUCAUUCUCCGGGACCAUAAUGCACUCAAGAGUCUGAGUGAGGGGAAGUCUCAGCAUCUGAACAAAGAGCUGGAUGUGUCUUCUUGUUUGGUAUGGGUAAAAAUUGCAACCAAGGGGAAAGGAAAGCCCAAGGUUGGAGCCUUGGUGUGCAUGGCAGAGGAAAAUGCCCCCAGUGAGGAAUCUGUUCACACUGAUCAUAACAUGGGAGAACGCUUGGCUCUUGGCAAACACCAUCACCAAAGGAUACAACAUAUGAAGAAAAAGCGGAAAAAGGUGAAGACAGCUUUGGGAAGGAAAGAGAGCCAGGAGACCCUGCAUGCCCUCCGUGAAGGCAGCAAGCUAGAGCAGGAAAAAUACCAGAAGAAAUUCAAGGACUUGUGUGUGCCUGAUGCUCACAAGACUCUCAGAGAGAACUCACAGAAGGUAAUAGGAUUUGUGAUGAGGGGUGAUUUCUCCCUUAUGGAAGGGCAGACUAAGAGUUUGGCUCUUUGUGCCUUAUGUCCAUUACUUCAGUGCAUCACUGGUUCAAGCAAGGUCCUCCUGCGAAACCGAAACUCCCUCCAUUACCAGCAGGGGAAGCUGACAGUCCUACUCUAAAAGGCUGUCAUCUCAUCUGUUUUGUUCUUGCUUGCUCAGUUUCAUUGGGGUGCAUACUUCAAUAAAUGCAAAAGG